AUGCUAGGGUACCUGGCAAAAUUUGGAGAGACUGGGAGCACUACACGCCGCCUCUGGGCAUCGCAGACUACUCUACGAUGGCUCUUUAGCGAGAUGUUGGAGCAAGAUCGUGAAGAGGCUGCGGCGAUUGAUGGAGUUCAAAUACGGAGGUAUAAUCCGUUCUACCCCCAUUUGACGUCAACCGAAACAAUCCAAGAUAGGCAGAACCAUGAAGUAGCUCGGAGCUCAAGACAUAAUGAUCCUCAAUGGGUGUUAGAAGAUGAUCAGUUCUUUGACUGUGUAAUGGCACCUCUGUCAUCUCCAUCACGCACCCCCGUGAAUCUUCUACCGAAUUCCACGAAUCCCUUCAACGAGCUUUUUGGGAGCGCAGUGUCUCCGGAAGAGUCGCCGAGGCUGCUGUCAAGCUUGAAAGAUGAAUCUCUUCAUUCACUCAACGGCUACUGGAUGUACAAUCAGACUAAUCCCACGACAUACAGUACAGCCUUUUGGAAAGGCGUGCUUCCUACUGACCUUGAUGGUGCACCUUCCGAGCUUCAUGGGCUUUUCAGCGACCAAGAUCUCAUUGAUGAAACAUUCUCGUUGGAGGAGGAGACUUUGCCUAACUGGCCACAAUGUUCAUCUGCACAGGGUCAACCACGCGAAGACACGCUAGCAGCACCUGGAACCACAGCUGCAUCUACCUCAAGGGAUGUUUCUACUCACAGUGGACUUGAGCAAACAAGUAUUUCUAUGCGUGGGUUGCCAGCUCUAAGAACAACUACGCCGAUUCAAGCAUCACAUCGGCCAGUCACUCAAAAUGAUGUAGUAUCUGAAACGAUUCCAGGAAGCCGUACCGCACAUAACAUUGUUGAGAAGCACUAUCGCAACCGGCUAAACCUUCGCUUCAGCUCCCUUCUCCAAAGCAUACCACAGGCUGUGCUAGGGUCGACGAUCAACAGCGCUCGCAGAUCAGAUGGCACUGAGAGAAAGGUCAGCAAAAGUGAAGUCUUGGCCUUAGCGAAAAGAGCAAUUGAAUUCUUGCAGAAAAAGCUCGAGGUGAUUGAGCAAGAAAACAAAAGUCUGCGUGGAGCAACAAAUACGACUGAAGGUGUUCGGAAUUCAAUUAGCAACGCGGAUUAA